GCUUUGCGUCGGGUGGCGCUGGAAUUUUGGACGACACUGGAUUUAAAACAUUUAAGCGCCUUAUUCCACUCAGCCAAAAGUGUUAGCCGCAACCUGACACAGGCAUUAGGUGCCGCUAAAGCUGCGGCUCUCAUCAAAACAUCACUAUACCUCAUAAGCAUCGGAAGCAAUGAUCUCUCCGCCUACUUUAACUCCCCUCCGCCCAAUACAUCCCUAAACCAAUUCAUUCAAAAACUCGUCGCUGCCUAUGCCAAAAGAUUAAAGAGCUUAUAUGAUGUGGGGGCAAGAAAGUUUGGUAUAAUCGGCAUACCACCCAUCGGAAGCUGGCCUAUGACUCGCAGCAUGAAUGGUGGAGCUUGUAAUGAAACAAUGAAUGAAGCAGCUCGAAGUUUCCAAGCUUCCACUCUCACCCUUCUCCAAAACUUUAGCUCAACAAACCCUGGAGUGCGUUACUCUCUUGGAGAUUUUUACUCUAUAACCAUCUCUGCUAUCAAAAAUCCCAGUACAUAUGGUUUUAAGAAUGUUGAAGAUGCAUGUUGUGGAGUGGGACCCAACAACGGAAGAAAGCCAUGCCGCAAGCCAUCAUCUAACCUAUGCCUUAAGCGUGAUGAAUAUUUAUAUUUCGAUUACGUUCAUCCAUCCCAAAAGGCUGCAAAGAUAGCAGCGCAGUUUCUGGUCACCGGAGGGAACAAUUUUGCUAGACCCAUUCCUUUUGGGAAAUUGGUUGAUAUUCAGUUCUAAAAUUGUAUUUUAGUAUAUGUCUCAGGUUUUCAAAAAAAAAAAAAAAAACGAUCCGGACAUAAUAUUUGCAUACUCAAGUCAAGGCUAUGGACGAUAAGUUUAAAUCAAACUAAAAGAAUGAUGUUUUAAUAA